AUGGCAGAAUCAUCCAGUGAGUCAGACCACUUCUGCUAUCGUGAUCGAUUGAGUCGAUGGGCUGCCAGAUCAACUCACAGGGAAAUUGGAAGUCAUCCUACAGUAGAAGUCACUGAGAAGGUCAACACUAUAACGAGUUCUUUACAGGACACCAGUCGGAACCUGCGGCAAGUGGACCAGAUGCUUGGACGAUACCGAGAAUAUAAUAAGGGACAGGCGGGUGCUAUAGAACAUAUUAUAUUAUCUGCUUUAAGAAUAAGAUUAGUGUCGGUUCUGUGGAACUUUAUGGCCACAGCAAGACGAUUGGAAAAUAGUCUGGACAGCCAUCGUUUUCCACCUACCUCACCUCUCAAGGACUAUGGGGAUCCACAGGGUGUUAAACGAAUUAGAUCCAGAUCUGGUAUCCAAUUUGUUCGGGAGCCUGCUGAUAUGGUCCAGCUUCAUGCUUUUCAUCAGUCCCUCCGAGACCUCAGCAGUGAACAAGUUCGCCUUGGAGAUGAUUUUAACAGGGAACUUUCCAGAAGAAGCCGGUCGGAUGCUGAAACAAAAAGGGUUUUGGAAGAAUUGACUGAAAAACUUAAUGAAGCCCAGAAAAAAGAAGUGGUUUCAGAUCGGGUGGAGCAGCGGCUUCAGGAAAUAGAAAGAGAGAUGCGCACAGAAAGAGAGCUGGUAGAAAGACGUCAGGAUCAGCUGGGACUUAUGUCCUUGCAGCUGCAGGAGCUUGAACAAGAAUUGGAGCUAUCUCGAAGGUUAUUAAAUGAAUCAGAAGGCAGCAGAGAAACACUUUUGUUUCAGGUAGAAGAACUGCGUACACAACUUACCAAAGCAGAAGGCGAUCGAAAGGGUUUCCAGCAAGUAUUUCAGAUUUCUAAGCAACAGUCUAACCAUGAGGCUGAACAAGGAGUUGACUGGAGGUUUAGGAGAGGGAUCGAGCGAGAAAAACAGGACCUGGAGAAGCAGAUGUCGGAUUUGAGAGUGCAGCUGAACUUCAACGCAAUGGCAUCUGAGUUAGAGGAACUGAAGCGGUGCAUGGAGAGAAAAGACAAGGAGAAAGCACAUUUGGCAGCACAAGUAGAGAAUUUAACACGUGAAUUGGAGAAGAGGGAAAAACAACAACUGCAGAUGUUGGAUCAACUUAAGGAGAUCCAGAAUCACUUUGACACACAUGAGGCCGAGCGUAAGCAUGCUGACCUUCAGAUCUCAGAGCUGACUCACCAUGCCGAGGAUGCAACCAAGCAGGCUGAGCAGUACCUCAGUGAGUUACAGCAGUCAGAGGCCCUGAGAGAGGAGGCGGAGAAGAGGAGAGAAGACCUGAAACAGAAAGCUCAAGAAUCCAUUAGGCAGUGGAAGCUUAAGCAUAAGAAAUUAGAGAGAGCGUUGGAAAAACAAUCUGAAACUCUUGAACAAUUGUCAGACAAGAAUAAUCAGAUUUUAAAAGAAAAGGAUGAAAUGAAAAGUCAGCUGUAUGCAACGUUACAACAAACAGAGAAUCUUCGAAAGGAAUUGAAUGAUGUCCUAACCAAGCGUGCCCUUCAAGAGGAGGAGCUUCACUUGAAGGAGGAGAAACUAAGUGAUAUUAAGUGUUGUCAAGCUGACCUUGAACUAGAAGUCAAGAAUUCCGUGGAAACCAUUCAGAGACUAGAAAGUGAAUUGAAAAAACAGAGUAAGAUUCAAAGCCAGAUGAAAACUGAGAAAGUUCACCUAGAGGAAGAAAUUGUAGAGCUCAAGAAAAGCCAGGCCAAGGACAAAGCUAAACUUCUCGAGUUGCAAGAGUCCAUCAAGGACUUGAGUGCCAUCCGAGCAGAUCUUGCUAAUAAAUUGGCUGAGGAAGAGAGAGCCAAGAAAGCGGUGUUGAAGGAACUUUCUGACCUCACGUCACAGGUGAAAUCCAGGGAUGAAGAAACAGCUACAGUCAUCACACAGUUAAAGUUAGAACGAGAUGUUCACCAGAGGGAGCUGAAAGAUCUCACAUCAUCGUUGCAGAGUGUGAAAACAAAACACGAGCAAAAUAUCCAGGAGCUGAUGAAGCACUUUAAGAAAGAAAAGAGUGAGGCUGAGAAUCAUAUUAGGACACUGAAGGCAGAAAGUUUAGAAGAGAAGAAUAUGGCUAAAGCCCAUCGUUGUCAGAUGGAGAGGUUGAAAUCACAGUGUGACAGAUUGACAGAGGAAUUAACCCAGAAUGAAAGUGAGAACAAAAAAUUGAAGCUGAAAUAUCAGUGUUUGAAGGACCAACUAGAAGAAAAGGAAAAAUAUAUAAGCAAUGAAGAAGAGCACUUAAGGAGGACGGAAGAGGCCAGAUUGCAGCUGAAGGAUCAACUUCUUUGUUUGGAGACUGAACAAGAAUCCAUUCUUGUUGUGAUAGGAAAGGAAAUUGAUGCAGCUUGUAAAACCUUCUCCGGGGACUCGAUGGAGAAAUUAAAAGUAAUUAUGAGUUCUCAUCGCUGGCAGUUCAAGGUCAAGACUAAACUUCAGUGGCUCUGUGAGGAACUGAAAGAGAGAGAAAGCAGAGAGAAAAAUCUGCGACACCAGCUCACGCUCUCCAGACAACAACUCAGGGAUCUGACCGAAAACAAGGAAGCUGAGCUCCAGUGUCUAUUUCAACAGAUAGAGAGACAGGAGCAGCUUCUGGAAGAAAUACAUCAAGAGAAGAGAGAUCUGCUGGAAGAGACCCAAAGAAAAGAUGAAGAAAUGGGAUCUCUGCAGGAACGUGUAAUUGCAUUAGAAACGAGUACCCGAGUGGCCUUGGACCAUCUGGAGUCUGUGCCUGAGAAACUGAGCCUACUAGAGGAUUUCAAAGACUUCAGAGAUACCCGCAGUUCAUCCGAGAGAAUUGAUGGGAGAUAUUCUAAAUACAGAGUUCACAGAGAUUCUCUUCAGCAUCAACAAGAUGACACCAAGUACAGAAACAAAAGUUUCAAAGAUGACAAAACCUCUACGGGAGGUUCCUACACUCGUGAGUUAGAUCUCUCAUCCUCUUGGCAGGACCAUAGUCGCUUCCUAUCUAGUCCACGAUUUUCACACUUGAACUCAUUUUCCAAAAGAACUGUUGCUCCAGAUUCAGCUUCAAUCAAGGAAGAUGCCACAAGUUUACCAAUGAAUGGAACAAGUCCACAAUCCAAAAAUGAGGAAUAUGAGAGCUAA